CAAAGUUUUUCUAAUUUUCAAUAUAUUAUAACUUUGUAGGUUCUAGUUUUACGAGCUGUGUUAGGCAUGGAAUCAUAAUUAGGUAUGUAAGUAUGUACUGUUUAGAUUAACGGUAAAUACGUUCCUUAUAACAAAAAUAAUACUUAACAAUACUAUAAAACUCUCUCUGCCUACCCUUUCGGGUAUUUAGGCGUGAUGUAAAUAUCUAUUAUUACAAUUGAUCACAACCAACUGCAGGAAAAGGUAUCCACUACCUAUAGAUAAAGUAAAUAACAUUCUAAGAAGCUACAAUUUAUGGAGGCUAUAAAGAAAUAAAAGGCUAAUUACGAUUUUUAUCUCUUUAGUUAUCUCUUUAACGUGAUAAAAAUGUACUUCCUCAGAACUUCACAGUAAGCAGUCACUGCUAGCAUGGAAAGGAGUAUUUUUGUGUGUGUUCUACUCGCCGGUUGGCAUAAUCCGGUAUGGACAACGCAAGAUGGAGUUUCUAGGGCGCGUGAUCCAAAAACUUGUGAACCAUUAGUGAUAGCGCACCGCGGUGCCAGUGGCUACGUACCGGAACACACUCUCGGCGCAUACGCCUUAGCAGUCACCAUGGGAGCCGACUACAUCGAACCUGACGUCGUCAUGACCAAGGACGGCCACCUGAUCGCACGACAUGAAAACGACCUCUCACUGACGACUGACGUAGUCCACCGUCCCGAGUUCGCUAGCCGCUUCCGCACCCAAUCCGUCGACGGCAGCCAGACAAGUGGAUGGUUCUCCGAAGACUUCACAUUAGCUGAAAUAAAAACUUUGCGAGCAGUAGAAUCAUUGCCUGAAGUAAGACCCGGCAAUACUCGAAUGAAUGGAUCGUUUGAAAUACCCACUAUGCAAGAAAUCAUCGACUUAGCAAAGAGUUUAGAAAUUAGUGAAAGACGAAUUAUAGGAGUUUAUCCGGAAAUUAAACACGGCACUCAUUUUCAACGUCUUGGCUUAGCUAUGGAAAAGCCCCUGGUUGAUUUGUUGAAUGCAAACGGAUAUCGCGGACCAGAUGCUCCAGUUUUCAUCCAAUCUUUUGAAAUAAGUAAUUUAAGGGAACUUAAAAACAUGACUGACUUACCGUUGCUGCAACUAAUAGCUGGUAAUGUUACUAGACAGCCGUUUGAUCAAGCGCUGCUGGGUACUGGGGUGACUUAUGGCGACAUGGUGACAGCGGAAGGACUGAUGGAUAUAUCAACUUAUGCUACGGCCGUGGGUCCUGAUAAGAGUCAUAUCAUCCCUCAAACAGUGAACAAUACUCUUGGUACUCCGACAAAUUUUGUUCGGGACGCACACGCUGUAGGUCUAAAGGUGCAUCCCUACACGUUUCGUGCGGAAAAUUCGUACCUGUCCGCAGAGUUCCGGAGUAAUGACACUUCACCGGCUGCUCUCGGAGACUCUAGCGGGGAGAUGAGAAUGUUCCUAGCGACUGGCAUAGACGGCCUGUUCACCGAUCAACCAGACAUCAUGGUGCGUCUGGUUGGAGGUACCUGUUACCGCAGUAGUAACUCUCGUCAUUUACUGUGCAAACUCCUUUUGUUUUAUGCAAUUAUUGUAUUAAAUUUUCUGUAUUUUUUUAGAUAAAUAAUUCAAAUGCGUCAGUUUAAUAUAUAAUUUAC